AUGUCAGGUCGUGUUGAGAAAUCUUCUCGUUCCAAAAAAACUCUUUAUCGUUUAUCUCUUGCCGAUCGCAUCGAACGUUGUGGUGUCGACGUGAUGCCGUGUUCUUUCUGCGAAAAGCGCAACUUGCGUUGCCGGAUGAUGGAAGGUGUUUCGCGCUGUAAAGAGUGUUGUCGCAGGGGGCGCUCGUGUGAUGGUUCUGGCGUCACGUUGUCUUCCCUCCAACGGAUCAACGCGGAAGAGGACCGCUUGGUCCGCGAGGAAGAGGUUGCGGAGGAGAAACUUCUUCGGGCUCAACAAGAGGUUAACGAGGCGCUGUCGAAGCUAAUGCGCUUGCGUGCCCAAAAACGGGCUCUGAAAACUCGCGGGGUGGACAUGGUAAAUCGUGGUCUCCGAUCUCUCGACGAGCUGGACGAGCAAGAGCGCGCGGAGUCUGACGCGGUUGUUGCCGUUCAAUCGCAAGGGGGCGUUGGUGUCAUUGACUGGAGUUCCGUGGGGAUCCCUGGGAUCGACUGGGAUGCUCUCGGUGGUACUUCUCAAGGUGUUCAGCACAGUUCUUCAAGUGCUUCUUAG